AUGGCUAACAAAAACGGAGAAUCUUCUUCACAGCCGUCUCAGGCUCAGCCACCACAACAACAACAACAGCAGCAGCAGCAACAACAGCAACAACAACAACAGCAACAACAACAACAACAUCAUCAUCAGCAGCAGAAUGCUCAUGAACAAGACCAGGACCAUCACUCUGGAAACGCAGACUCGCGUUCUCGUGGUGGCAACACGGUAUUCAAGAGCGGACCGCUAUAUAUAUCAUCAAAAGGGCUUGGGUGGACAUCUUGGAAGAAAAGAUGGUUUAUUUUGACGCGUACUUCACUGGUUUUCUUUCGAAGUGACCCGAGUGCGGUCCAACAGAGGGGCAGUGAGGUCAAUUUAACCCUUGGGGGAAUUGAUCUCAACAAUUCAGGCAGUGUGGUUGUUAAGGCAGAUAAAAAGCUGUUGACUGUUCUCUUCCCCGAUGGUCGUGAUGGACGAGCCUUCACACUCAAGGCUGACACUAUGGAGGAUCUAUACGAGUGGAAAUCUGCUCUAGAAAACGCUUUAACACAAGCACCUAGUGCUUCUCAUGUUAUGGGUCAAAAUGGUAUCUUCAGGAAUGAUCAUGCAGAUGCCCCUGUCGGUGUUGAUGAACAGAAAGAUGAGACACCAACAAAAUCAACCGUCCUUGGAAGACCAGUUUUACUUGCUCUAGAAGAUGUUGAUGGAGCUCCAUCUUUCUUGGAAAAGGCCCUUAGAUUUGUUGAAGAUCAUGGAGUCAGGAUAGAAGGAAUCUUGAGACAAGCUGCUGAUGUUGAUGAUGUUGAACAUCGGAUUCGUGAAUAUGAGCAAGGGAGAAAUGAGUUCACUCCCACGGAGGAUGCUCAUGUUAUUGCUGAUUGUCUUAAGUAUUUUCUCAGAGAGUUGCCUUCUUCUCCGGUGCCUGCAUCUUGUUGCAACGCCCUUCUGGAAGCUUGCAGGACUGACCGUGGCAAUAGAGUCAAUGCUAUGCGAGAGGCAAUUUGUGAAUCAUUCCCUGAACCAAAUCGGCGCCUUUUGCAAAGAAUUCUGAUGAUGAUGCAGAUUGUGGCCUCUAACAAAAAUGUGAACCGGAUGAACACGAAUGCUGUUGCAGCUUGUAUGGCACCAUUACUUCUUCGACCUCUUCUGGCUGGCGACUGUGAAAUUGAAAAUGACUUUGACGUCGGCGGUGAUGGUUCUAUGCAACUUCUGCAAGCAGCUGCGGCAGCGAAUCAUGCCCAGGCUAUAGUGAUAACAUUGUUAGAAGAAUAUGACAGCAUAUUUGGAGAAGGUUCCUUGUCACCCGGCUUGUACUCUGACUCAGAAGAGAGUGGUAGUGAAACGGAGGAGGGAACUGAUGACGAAGAGUAUGAUGAUGAUGACGAUGAUGGCACACAGGGAUCUGAUGACUACACAGAUGAGGAAGAGUACCUUGAAAAUGAAUCUAACGGAUCUUAUAGUGAGAGUGCCGCCUCGGCUGGCAAUCAUGGAUCUGACAUUGAUUCUGAUGACAACAAGAUAAAUAGUAAUUUAAGCUCUGAAUCCAAAACCCCAAAAGGAAGCACGGAGCCCCAAGUUAUUAAGAAACUUCUAUCCGGCUCUAAACGAUCUUCACUACCACGGCAUGAUGAUUCAAAAAAGGAUGAAAAUAUCCUGGUUAAAGGUGCUGAUAAGACAGAGGUAAAGGCUGUUGUAGAGGUCUCGAAAACUAAGGAUAAGAACUCAUCGACAUCAGAUGUGGCAUCUGCCAAUAAGAAACCGUCGACAUUAUCCAGUGCACCAGGAGGAAGUAAAAGGCUCUGGGGCCGUACCCCUGGGAAGAAAAACCUUUCGAUGGAAUCUAUUGAUUUCUCAGCAGAGGUGGACGAGGACGAUGCUAACAUUGAAAGACUUGAGUCAACUAAAUUGGAGCUACAAAAUAGAAUUACAGAGGAGGUUAAAAACAAUGCAGUUCUCCAGGCUAGUUUGGAGCGACGAAAGAAGGCUUUGUACCUACGGCGCCAAGCUCUAGAGAAAGAUGUGGGAAGACUACAAGAACAAUUGCAGCAAGAGAGAGACAGGAAAUCAGCUAUGGAAGCAGGGCUGAACAUGUCAAAAGGGAAUCAGCGUAUUCCAGAAAUAACCGAUGAAAAGUUGAAGAAAGAUUUGCAAGACGUAGCUCAGGCUGAGGCUGAUAUUGCCAAUUUGGAACAUAAGGUUGAUGAUCUUGAAAAUAGACUUGGUCAACAAGAUGUAAAAGCCUCUGGUUCGACGCAUGGUGCCAGCAAAGAAACUCGGAGAAUUCCAGAGCACAAUGCAAAGAUGAAGGAGAAACAGAAGGAUACCGAAGCAGUCUCUUCUCACGUUUCCGAAAGGUCGACGCUCAAGGAUGGGCAAGGAGCUGCAAGAGAAAAUGAGACAGAGAAGCAACAAGAUACACGGAGCAAAAGCUCGCAACAAGAAAUGCCACGUGGCAGCUCAAAGCUUGCGGGCAUGUCCAAGAGGACUGGAACAAAGGGAGAUGGAACCACAACAACAACCUCUGCACUUUCUAAAUUGACAAUGCGGCUCAAUUUCCUGAAGGAGAGACGAAGCCAGAUCGCGAACGAGCUCUUAAACAUGGACAAAGGAAGAAGCUCAGGGCAAUCGAGUCCAUCCUCAGGGCAAAACCAAAGUUUGCAGGAAACGGAGAGAGGAACAGGGUCAGGGUCGAACCAGAACCAGGAUUCAGACAACAGCAAACUCCAUAGCCCGCAUGUUCUUGACAGAGGAAGGUCCGAGAACGGAUCAGGAGACAGAGGCAGAGGAUCUGGAGGAAACCAUCCAAACACUACGCCGAGGACCUUCUCCAGAUGAUCUCUCUUUAUUAGAGCUGCUUAACCCCUACUUCCCCAGAUGUACAGCCACCUCUUAACUCCAGGUCAUACUUAUUCUUCGCCACCAACAACAAAUAACAGAUUCAUUCUUUUUAGUCUUUCUUUUUUUUC